AUGGAAACGAUGGAAACAACUACACAGAAAGAUAGCAGUAUUUUGAAGAGUGGUCUUAAAAAAACUAUAGGUACCCUCAAUGAGGCAUUAUUACAGAAUGGGAGAGAGGCGGAAGUAGUGCAGACAGAAAAUAGUGAUACAAUGGAAGGUACAGAAACCACUACGAUUGGUUAUAUAUCAAUUAAAGACUAUGCAUACGCAGAUUCAAAUCCUCUUCACUAUGGUUAUUUUGAUGGGGACAAUGAGGAAGACGAAAUGGUUUCGGAUUCCUCAAGCGUAGAGGACACAUACAAUAAAAGGCAAAGCAUAACACUACCAGACGACUACAUAGUUAACCAACGUGCUGUUGCCCUCUACGAUUUCGAACCUGAAAAUGAUAAUGAAUUAAGGUUAGCUGAAGGAGACAUCGUAUUUAUCAGCUACAAGCAUGGGCAAGGUUGGCUGGUAGCAGAAAAUGAGUCAGGAUCAAAGACCGGAUUGGUGCCGGAGGAAUUCGUUUCUUAUAUACAACCGGAAGAUGGCGAGGACGAGGUGGAGAACAAGGCUCGACCUUUUUACUUAACUCACUUGAUCACACAAAACAUUAGUCCCAAAAACAGUAAUAAUAAUGUUGAUGACGAUGACGACUACGACGACGAUGAAUGGGAAGAUAUUGAUGAUGUUGCGGAGGUCGAAGCAGGUAUAAAAACAAAAUUGAAUAUAUCGAAUUGA